GCCCAGCACCACCUGAAAAAGAAUGAUCCCUUAAGGGGCUUGGUCUCGGUUCAGGUGACUAUGAAUGGGUGUGUCCCGGGGAAGUCGGGGCGCCAGCUCAGGCUCAAAAAGGACCCCGCCCCCUUUCCAGCAAAUCGUUGUCUUUCUCCCCAUAAUGCCCAGCAGCCACUGUCAAGCCGCACACUGCAACCGAACUCGACCGAACUCCACCUCUCCAACAGCUCCGCACAAUUCCUCAUUGUUCAUUGGCUUUUGUAAUUGUCAGUCAGGGAGUCCUAGUAUCCGUUGGUUGUCCCCUAUCUACCCUUUUCUGUCCCGUGUAAUCUCGCCUAGUUAGGCACUCCCCGCCUCCUGAAGCCUAUUUCCUUUCUUCGAUUGGAUAACUGGAAUGCCACUUUUCAUAGUACAAAGUUAUGAUUGGCUGUGUGCGGUAGGGCUCGCGCAGUUACCAGGCAGCGGGCUAGACUGAGGCUAGUUACCACGUCAGUGAGCUGACUGGGAAGGUAGCCGGCUCCACCGCCCGGCCCGGCCGACUUAUCCCGGCCGACUUCGUGGUCCCACUGUGGCUUCGGACUCAACUUCUAGGAAGCGGGCUCCUUCCCUUCUUCCACCUACCAUCAGAGCCGGAAGAGCCACUUGGAGACACCUCCGGGGCCCGGGCUGGACAUGAGCAGCAGCUGCCGGUCCUGGGACUAGGCCCCGCCAUUUUGGAUCCGCUGACAGAAGAAAUAUGAACAAAUACCAUGUGAGAAGACUUUAGGAAGAUAGAUUGAAAAUGGAAGCGUUAUGAUUUGACUGAAGAAGUUGCCAGUUUAUAUAGUGAUUCACUCUCUUUGGAUCCUGUUGGGGCCCCACAGAGCACCAAGGGAAUGCUGUAGACUCACCAUCAAACAGACAGUGCUUACAAAGAAUGGACAUUGAUCGAAGUCUUUGGGCCAGCUUGUCUGGCUAGGGAUGUUAGUUGGUUUGGCAGGAUGGUGGAUAAGAAUAUUUACAUUAUUCAAGGGGAGAUCAACAUUGUGGUUGGGGCCAUCAAACGAAAUGCCCGAUGGAGUACCCACACCCCACUGGACGAAGAACGGGAUCCUCUGCUGCACAGUUUCAGUCAUUUAAAGGAAGUUUUAAACAAUAUAACAGAACUCUCAGAGAUUGAGCCCAAUGUGUUCCUUCGUCCAUUCCUGGAAGUGAUUCGCUCUGAAGAUACCACUGGCCCUAUCACUGGACUGGCACUCACCUCUGUCAAUAAGUUUCUGUCCUAUGCACUCAUAGAUCCCAUUCAUGAGGGCACAGCAGAGGGCAUGGAGAACAUGGCAGAUGCUGUCACCCACGCCCGCUUUGUGGGCACGGAUCCUGCCAGCGAUGAGGUUGUCCUGAUGAAAAUCCUUCAGGUUCUGCGGACACUGUUGCUGACCCCAGUGGGUGCCCACCUGACCAAUGAAUCAGUGUGUGAGAUCAUGCAGUCUUGCUUCCGGAUCUGCUUUGAAAUGAGGCUUAGUGAGUUAUUGAGAAAAUCCGCAGAGCACACUCUCGUAGACAUGGUGCAGCUGCUCUUCACAAGGUUACCUCAGUUUAAAGAAGAACCGAAGAACUAUGUGGGGACCAACAUGAAAAAGCUGAAAAUGAGAGCAGGAGGCAUGAGUGAUUCAUCCAAGUGGAAGAAACAGAAGAGAUCCCCCCGGCCCCCUCGCCAUAUGACCAAAGUCACACCGGGUUCAGAACUGCCCACCCCCAAUGGAACCACCUCAUCCUCUAACCUCACUGGUGGCAUGCCCUUCAUUGAUGUGCCUACUCCCAUCUCCUCUGCAAGUUCAGAAGCUGCCUCAGCAGUGGUCAGCCCCUCUACAGACAGUGGCCUGGAAUUCUCCUCCCAGACCACCUCCAAGGAGGACCUCACCGACCUGGAGCAAGCUGGCUUUCCAGGCUACAGCACAGCUGCAGAGCCUGUGAGCCGCGAGCUAGGAGUUCCUGAACAGCCAGACCCGCAGCAGGAAGGGGCCCAGGUGGAAAAGGCACAAUCAGCAUCUGUGGAAUCCAUCCCGGAGGUGUUAGAGGAGUGCACGUCCCCUGGUGACCACUCCGACUCUGCCUCUGUCCAUGACAUGGAUUACGUCAAUCCCCGGGGCGUGCGCUUUACACAGUCUUCCCAGAAAGAAGGUACAGCUUUGGUCCCCUAUGGCCUUCCCUGUAUCCGUGAGCUCUUUCGUUUCCUCAUCUCCCUCACCAAUCCACAUGACCGCCACAACUCAGAGGUCAUGAUCCACAUGGGACUGCAUUUGUUGACAGUGGCUCUUGAGUCAGCUUCUGUAGCCCAGUGCCAGACCCUCUUGGGUCUCAUCAAGGAUGAGAUGUGCCGCCACUUAUUCCAGCUACUCAGCGUAGAACGACUGAACCUUUAUGCUGCUUCCCUGCGGGUAUGCUUCCUACUGUUUGAGAGCAUGCGGGAGCACCUCAAGUUCCAGUUGGAGAUGUACAUCAAAAAGCUCAUGGAAAUCAUCACUGUGGAGAACCCUAAGAUGCCUUAUGAGAUGAAGGAGAUGGCACUGGAGGCCAUUGUGCAGCUCUGGCGCAUCCCCAGCUUUGUCACUGAGCUCUACAUCAACUAUGAUUGUGACUACUACUGUUCCAAUCUCUUUGAGGACCUCACCAAGUUGCUCUCCAAGAAUGCCUUCCCUGUCUCUGGUCAGCUCUACACAACACACCUGCUGUCACUCGAUGCCCUGUUGACAGUGAUUGACAGCACUGAGGCCCACUGCCAGGCCAAAGUCCUCAACAACCUCACCCAGCAGGAGAAAAAAGAGGCAGUCAGACCCAGCUAUGAGACAGAAGACAAUACCCAAGAAACCAGUAAUACUGAGAGAGCAACCAGCGACAAGAAAGCCGUAGGGUUGGUCCCCGACAUCCCAGGCCUGCAUCUGCCAGGUGGAGGGUGGCUGCCAGCAGAACACGGGAAGCCAGGACGCAGUGAUCUGGAGGAAGCUGGCGAUUCUGGGGCUGACAAAAAGUUUACCCGGAAGCCACCUCGAUUUUCCAGUCUCCUGCCAGAUCCACGGGAACUGAUUAAAAUUAAAAACAAAAAGAAGCUGCUGAUCACUGGCACAGAGCAGUUCAACCAGAAACCAAAGAAAGGGAUCCAGUUUCUGCAGGAGAAAGGCCUCCUCACCAUCCCAAUGGACAACACAGAGGUAGCCCAGUGGCUCCGAGAGAACCCUCGACUGGACAAGAAAAUGAUUGGGGAAUUUGUGAGCGACCGCAAAAACAUUGACCUGUUGGAGAGCUUUGUAAGCACCUUCAGCUUUCAGGGUCUGAGGCUGGACGAAGCUCUCCGCCUGUAUCUGGAAGCCUUCCGCUUGCCUGGGGAAGCACCAGUCAUCCAGAGGCUGCUAGAGGCAUUCACAGAGCAUUGGAGGAAUUGUAAUGGCUCCCCAUUUGCCAAUAGUGAUGCCUGUUUUGCCCUGGCCUAUGCUGUCAUCAUGCUUAAUACUGACCAACACAACCACAACGUUCGCAAACAGAAUGCACCCAUGACCCUGGAGGAGUUUCGCAAAAACCUAAAAGGUGUGAAUGGAGGCAAGGACUUUGAGCAAGACAUCCUGGAGGACAUGUACCAUGCCAUCAAGAAUGAGGAAAUUGUGAUGCCUGAGGAGCAGACAGGUUUGGUUCGGGAGAACUAUGUAUGGAAUGUGCUGCUCCAUCGUGGUGCCACCCCUGAGGGCAUAUUCCUGCGUGUGCCUGCUGGUAGCUACGAUCUCGACCUCUUCACCAUGACCUGGGGUCCCACGAUUGCUGCUCUUUCUUAUGUCUUUGACAAAAGCCUUGAGGAGACAAUCAUCCAGAAAUCCAUCUCAGGCUUCAGGAAGUGCGCCAUGAUCUCCGCCCACUAUGGCCUCAGCGAUGUGUUUGACAAUCUUAUCAUCUCACUGUGCAAAUUCACAGCUCUCAGCAGUGAGUCUAUUGAGAACCUGCCCAGUGUGUUUGGAAGCAACCCUAAAGCCCACAUUGCAGCCAAGACAGUCUUCCAUUUGGCCCAUCGUCAUGGCGACAUCCUCCGGGAGGGCUGGAAGAAUAUCAUGGAGGCCAUGCUGCAGCUCUUCCGAGCCCAGCUGCUACCCAAAGCUAUGGUGGAGGUAGAAGAUUUUGUGGAUCCCAAUGGCAAGAUCUCUCUGCAGCGGGAGGAGACACCAUCAAACCGAGGAGAGUCAACAGUGCUGAGCUUUGUGAGCUGGCUGACACUGAGUGGUCCUGAGCAGUCUAGCAUGCGGGGCCCAUCCACUGAGAACCAAGAGGCCAAGAGAGUGGCCUUGGACUGUAUCAAGCAGUGUGAUCCAGAAAAGAUGAUCACAGAAAGUAAGUUCCUCCAGCUGGAGUCACUUCAGGAGCUCAUGAAGGCUCUAGUCUCAGUGACACCAGAUGAAGAGACAUAUGAUGAGGAGGAUGCUGCUUUCUGCCUGGAGAUGCUACUGAGGAUUGUGCUGGAGAACAGGGACCGUGUGGGUUGUGUGUGGCAGACUGUUCGAGACCAUCUAUACCACCUGUGUGUCCAGGCCCAGGAUUUCUGCUUUCUUGUGGAACGGGCAGUGGUGGGACAGCUGCGCUUGGCCAUUCGGCUGCUCCGGAGAGAAGAGAUCAGUGGUCAGGUACUGCUCUCCCUGCGCAUUUUGCUACUGAUGAAGCCCAGUGUGCUGUCCCGAGUCAGCCACCAGGUUGCCUAUGGGCUCCAUGAACUCCUUAAGACUAACGCAGCCAACAUCCACUCAGGGGAUGACUGGGCCACCCUCUUCACGCUGCUGGAGUGCAUUGGCUCAGGAGUGAAGCCUCCAGCUGCCCUGCAGGCCACAGCCAGGGCCGAUGCACCUGAUGCUGGGGCCCAGUCAGACAGUGAGCUCCCAUCCUAUCAUCCAAAUGAUGUGAGCCUGGACCGAGGUUAUACUUCUGACUCAGAGGUCUACACUGACCACGGCAGGCCUGGCAAGAUACACCGAUCAGCCACAGAUGCUGAUGUGGUCAACAGCGGAUGGUUAGUGGUGGGGAAGGACGACAUCGAUAACUCCAAGCCAGGACCUGGGCUUAACAGGCCAGGCUCUUCACCUCUGGUCAAUCAAUACAGCCUAACAGUGGGGCUGGAUCUGGGGCCACACGACACUAAGUCCCUGCUCAAGUGUGUGGAAUCACUGUCCUUCAUUGUGCGUGACGCUGCCCACAUCACACCCGAUAACUUUGAGCUCUGCGUCAAGACUCUCCGAAUCUUUGUGGAGGCCAGUCUGAAUGGCGGGUCCAAGUCCCAGGAGAAACGGAACAAAAGUCACAAAUAUGACAGCAAAGGAAACCGCUUCAAGAAGAAAUCCAAGGAGGGCUCAGUGCUUCGACGGCCUCGAGCCUCCAGCCAGCAUGCCACUCGGGGCGGGCAUAGUGAUGAUGAUGAGGAUGAAGGUGUGCCUGCCAGCUACCAUACCGUGUCUUUACAGGUCAGUCAGGACUUGCUAGACCUGAUGCACACCCUGCACACGCGGGCAGCCUCUAUCUACAGCUCAUGGGCGGAGGAACAGCGCCACCUGGAGACAGGUGGCCAGAAGAUCGAAGCGGAUUCCCGCACGCUCUGGGCCCACUGCUGGUGCCCUUUACUGCAGGGCAUUGCCUGCCUGUGCUGUGAUGCCCGGCGUCAGGUGCGGAUGCAGGCACUGACCUAUCUGCAGCGAGCACUACUGGUACACGAUUUGCAAAAGCUAGACGCCCUAGAAUGGGAGUCCUGUUUUAACAAGGUGCUGUUUCCUCUGCUGACCAAGCUUUUGGAGAACAUUAGCCCUGCAGAUGUGGGCGGGAUGGAGGAAACCCGAAUGAGGGCUUCCACACUGCUCUCUAAGGUCUUCUUGCAGCACCUGUCUCCACUGCUGUCACUGUCUACCUUUGCGGCCCUCUGGCUUACCAUCCUGGACUUCAUGGACAAGUACAUGCAUGCAGGCUCCAGUGACUUGCUGGUAUGUUUUUCCUUAGCCCAUGCCUGCUUCCUCUCUCACUUUCUGGGAAGACUUGCUGGUUGUCGCCUUGGUAGCUACUUUCCUCUUGCCAUACUCCCCCAUGACACCUUUUUUAUUCUCAUGGUCGCACUGCCCCUGCAGUCAGAGGCCAUCCCUGAGUCUCUGAAGAACAUGCUCCUGGUGAUGGACACAGCAGAGAUUUUCCACAGUGCAGAUGCACGAGGAGGUGGUCCCUCAGCCCUCUGGGAGAUCACAUGGGAGCGCAUUGACUGUUUCCUGCCCCACCUACGAGAUGAGCUCUUCAAGCAGACUGUCAUCCAGGACCCCAUGCCCAUGGAGCCUCAUGCCCAAAAACCUCUGGCCUCAGCCCACCUGACUGCUGCUGCUGGUGACACCAAGACACCUGGCCAUCCACCUCCCCCAGAGAUGCCCUCUGAGCUGGGAGCCUCUGACUUUGAAAAGCCAGAGGGCUCCCAAGCAGCCAGUAGCACCUCCCCUGGAUCACCGGUGGCCUCUAGCCCCAGCAGGCUGAGCCCUACCCCAGACGGGCCACCACCCCUGGCUCAAUCCCCCCUGAUCCUGCAGCCCUUGGCCUCCCCACUGCAGGUGGGCGUGCCACCCAUGACUCUGCCCAUCAUCCUCAACCCUGCACUCAUUGAAGCCACCUCACCAGUGCCCCUCCUGGCCACACCUCGCCCCACAGACCCCAUGCCCACUUCCGAGGUCAACUAAGGCAAAGAUCAGGACCAGUACUUCCUACCAGGCUAUCCCCACACCCCAUAUCCCCAGCUGUCCCGAGAGCCACAAAUUCUACAGGCCCAGCCCAAGCUGCUGUUGCUGCCACUUGGAUGAGGAUCUGAAAAAGAGGAAAACUUUUACAGCCCUUCUUGGGACCUACAAUCAGACUGUGGUACCUCCUUGCUCCUCUGCUCUCCAUUCCUGGGGGCCCAACCUGAGAGCCCACUCACGUAUCAUCUGCAGCCUCUGCCUCCAGCCUGGCAUCGCUGGGCAGGAAUCACCGUGCCAACCCUGUGGUGCCCAUGUGUCCCUCCUGCUACGGUCAGGCAACGAGAGCCAAGCCCAACACUUUGCACUUUGUUUCCCUCUCACAUACCCACUCCCAUCAACCCUGGGCCACCUCCUCCAGUUCUUCCUCUUUUAUUAAUUAGUUGGUCAGUUUGGAGAGUUGACUGGCACCAUGGUGGAUGGGCAGGUGGGGCUGAGCAGGAGGACUGUCACAGGAGCUUGUACAUAUGAAAAACAGGACAGCAAUGGACUUUAUACUAUGUAAUAAAUGUCUUAGUACCAACAUCACUGCCUUUCCCUCCAGCUUCCUUCCUGAGCCUGUGGGUCAGGGUACCAUGUCACUGCGAUCCCCAGAGCUUGGGCCUUGCAUGAACAGAGGUAAAGAGAGGCUGAGCCUACCAGUGGUCUGGCCACAUGGCCCCUGGCCAUCAGUCAGCCAGCCAGAUGUCAGGACUGGCAUCAGGAGGCCUUCAUCAGUGCUGCCACCCCUACCACCACCACAGCAGUGCACCCUUAUUACCAGGGUGCCAGGGGCUUGGGCAGUGUCCUCGCCAUAACUGCUCAAGGGAGACACCCAAGACAACCUGGGCUGGGGUCAGAGGGAAGAUGAGUCAGAGCUGAGCUGCAGUUACUUAGAAGCUUUCUCUGCAGUGUGUCUCAUGGUCCAGGUAUACAAAGAAGCCCAUGGGGCUUAGGAGUGGGGACCAUCUUGCUCACAGCUGUGAUUGUGUGCUUCUGGGCGUAAGACAUUCAUUUUAGCCUCAGAGAAGGAACAAUUUCUUCCAGCCCCAUAACCCUCAUCCAUUCCAAUUACUGAGAUGAUACAUGAUUAGAGGGCUCCUCCCCUUCUUUCUCUGUGGGUGAGGGUAAGAUAGGUAGGGGUGUACGUAGGGCAGGCAGUGUGGCCCCUGCGAGGAGUGGGCAGGGCUGAGGUGCUGUGGUUGGGAAGCAGAAUGUUUUGUAUUAAGCCUUCACACAUGAAGCAUCAUCUUGGCUUCCCCCUCUCAGGGGGUGGGGAAUGGUACCCUCUUUGUACUACCAGCUGGCUUCCCUCGUGGAGAUUUAGGGGCACUCAGUCUCCCCACUGGGGCCCAGCUGGCUGUAUGAUCAUUCAGUACCUAAGGCUUCUCUUUGAUCAGCACUUCCAUGUGGGUGUUCCUGGGAAUUUGGAUGCCUGAAAGCACCUCCCUCAGGGGUGGAAAAGGGCCCCAUGGAAAUAGGAGCAGCCUGAUGUGGAAAAAAUACUAAGAGAUGAGACCUAAAGCUCCUAGACUACAUUCUCCCUCUUCCAUCCCUUCUUCCCCAAGUAGUCCAGACCAUGCUUAGUUUCCACACUAACCAGAACCCUUGCCUGACCCCGACCCUGGGAAAAAUUAGGAGGAACAGGGGAUAAGGCUAGGGGCAGGGGGUAGAGCUAGGGGCUGUGAUCUACAGCCACGUAGACACUAGAGUCCUUGGCCUCAGCUGUAGUGUCUCUGUCCAGAGCCCCACAGGCUCUGCCUUUAGACGCUUCCAGGGGGGUUUCCCUUUGAGGAAAACAGCGUUGGCUGCAGCCAAGCUGUGAACAAAAGAAUACGACAAGCCUAUGUCCCUCAGCUGGUCUGCAAAAAUUAGGAAAGAAGCUAGAGAGAUUGCAAACUGACCCUCUCCCCUCUGGGUAGCAAAGAAAAACAUUUGCCGGAAGUCUCCUUCUGUUACAAAAAGAGCAGCUGACACAUGCAUGACUUGUGUUGUUGACAGUGUUGUCUCUUAGAAGUCAGAGGAAGCUACAAGAGGAACUAAUACUCAGACCUUAAUUCUGACCUGACCGACAAGGAAGAAUGGCUUGGUGACAUGGAACUGACGGAAACCUUGAGGGAAAGUGAUAAGUGUAGCUAGAGGGAAAUGCUGAUCAUAAUCACAUCUGUCUCCCCUGAGAACUUGAGGAGACCAGGUGUCAGAAAGUCAAGAGGAAAGCUAGAGAUGGCUCCAUGACCUAAGACCCUCACAUGGAGAAUUGACAUUUGUAGAGCACCAUUAUGUCUCAGUAUUAAGUGCAAUGCUCAAGCAACCUUUAAAGGUACUUACUUUUCUUACAGAUGAGGAAACAAGUUCAGAGAGGUCAGGUCACUGGGAAUUGAGGGAGUUGGGUCUCAAACCCAGGUCUCUCUCACUCCAAACAUCACAGUCUUUCUUAUAACAUUUCCUCAGUUCAAAAAUAAUGGUGGUGGUGGUGCAGAAACCCUCUGAGUUACAUUUUCUGUAGCUUCUAAUGAGAAAUAUAAGGGUUGGGGCUCUGAAGAAACCACUGGCUGUACAGACUGUUGCCUGCUAAGCUCAGUUUAGUAGUCUAUGAAAAUUGGAAAGAGGUGCACAUAACCAAGAAUAAAUGUGAAUUUUUUUAGCCCAUAAGAAUGAGCCACAGUGGGCAUAUGCCCAUCCAAAAAAAAAAAGAACAACAAAAAAUGUGGUUAUUAGAGCCUGUGGA